AUGAUGGGCUGCCCGCCAUCCCUACGAGGCAGGACCCGAGUGCUCAAGAAAGCGGGCGACUCGGACAGCGACUCUGACCCCGACUCUGACUCUGAUGACGAAGACACUCAAGCAACAUUCCUCAAGCGCAUCCAAUCCAUCAACAAUGCCGCCGAAGCCUCCGCGAAGAAAGGCAAAAAGAGCCCUUCCGAGAUCGCCGAAGAGCGCGCCCUCGCCAUCGAGGAAGCACAAAACCAGAAACUCGAAGCAGACGUCAAAAUCGACGAUAAAAGAUCCCGGCGCGCAAUGAGCCGAACACUGAAGCAAAAGCGCAGAGAUCUCAAGCGCGAGCACAAGCAUAAGAAGAGGGAGUUGAAGGCGGCACAUGGCAAAGGGAAGGGCAAGGCGAAGAAGAACCCUGCGUGGAAGAUGGCGAAGAAAGAAUAUAAGACGAAGAGGAAGGAGUUGAGAAAAGACAGGGCGAAGGCGAGGCAGGAGUGGAGGGAGGCGAGGUCGGAGAGGUUGAGGGAGAGGAGGGAGGCUAGGAGGGGUGUAGCUGAGCAAGAGGAGGAAAUGAGUAAGAUGGUUUGGCUGAUUGUAGAGAAUCUAGACGAUCCAGUUGCUUGA